AUGUCAAGCUGUAGUGCGGCCGCUGCGGAAACGUCCACUGUCACGUCGUCGCUCUCUCAUCACUAUUGCCAUCAUUUGGGCAAUAUCCACUGCGACAGCGCUUCCAUUCGCUUUUGCAGCAACAGUGAGAGAGCUUUACCUCUACAAUAUUCUAACGAAGGAGGCCUCGAUUCGACACACUUGUGCAGCACCAGCACAUCCCGUGUUCGACCACCUUCUGUUCCUAAUCCAGUACGCACUGCCGCUUUUUGUGCUUUCAUUCACGUUUGCACGAAUCGCAUGCGCAUUCAG